GCUUUCAACACAGCAAAGUGUGAGAAAUUACAAAAAGAGAAGGAGGAGCUGGAAAUUAAAUUUGACAAUGAAGUGAGGAAGCUUGAACGGCACCAACAGGAGGAACUCCAAACACUGAAGGAGCGCCUACAGCUACAGUGUGAUGAAGAGAUGGAGCGGCUACGAGCAGAACAGAGUAUCCAGCUGCAGAGGAUCCUAUUCCAACACCAGGGACAAAUUGAAGACAUGUCUGCAACCCAUGAAGCUGUUCUGCUGGAGAUAAAGAAUUUCCAUUCAGCUGCUGUAACUGCAAUCCAUGAAGAUCAUGAGAAGAGUGUUUAUGAGUUGAGAGAGAGUCAUGAGUUAGAGAAGAAAAUGCUUGAAGAUGGUUUUGAAAUAUUACGGCUAUCACUACAGGAUCAAGUUGAUACUUUGACGUUCCAGAAUCAUUCACUAAGAGAUCGGGCAAAAAUGUUUGAAGAAGCACUGAUGAAGAGCACUAAGGAACAGCUGGAGAUUGCUCUUGCCCCAUAUAAACACUUAGAUGAAGACCUGGCCAGUGUGAAACAAGUAUUAGAAAUGAAGAAUCAGCUAAUCCAUCAGCAGGAAAAGAGGAUCAUGGAGCUGGAAAAACUGGCUGAAAUUAAUGUUAUCUUGGAGGAGAGGAUCCAGGUUCUCCAACAGCAGAAUGAAGAUAUGAAAGCCCGGAUAGACCAGAACGUUGCAGUCACCAGGCAAUUAUCAGUAGAAAACGCCACCCUGCAGGAGAAUGUUGAGAAAGAGAGCAAGGAGAAGAAAAGAUUAAGCCGCACCAAUGAGGAACUGGUUUGGAAGCUGCAGACUGCGGAGUCCAUGAGCCCCAUCAAACACCCGUCAUCACCUAUAAAAAGCUCACCUUCUUCCAGUCCUUUAUCACCCUCUAAAAUCAGCUCUGCUCAGAGAUGA